UCGUGCUCCUAGAAGGAAACUUGGCCGGGACGGAACGGUCCUGCCCUACACGCGGCUGGGCUUGGGGAAGCAGUACGGGGAUGUUACCAGGGUGCUUGGAGUAACAGUCUUGCGCCUUGUUCCCUCCUCUUUCAGAGCACGAUGAACGAGGAGCAGUUCGUCAACAUCGACCUGGACGAUGACAACGUGUGCAGCGUCUGCAAGCUGGGCACCGAGAAGGAGACGCUCUCGUUCUGCCACAUCUGCUUCGAGCUGAACAUCGAAGGAAUACCAAAGUCAGAUCUUCUACAUACAAGAUCUUUAAGGGGACACAGAGACUGCUUUGAAAAAUUCCAUUUAAUUGCAAAUCAGGACUGCCCACGUUCAAAGCUCUCUAGAAGCCCAUAUGCAGAAGUAAAAAGUAUCUUGAGCAAAAAAAUUAACUGGAUCAUACAGUAUACACAAAACAAGGAUAUAGACUCUGAUACCGAAAGCUCGAAAACAUCCCAACACCCGCUUUUUAACUUGAGACAUCAGACUGAUAGGAAACUGCUCCCACAGUUUGACUCUCCAGUACCUAGAUACUCUGCAAAAUGGAUAGAUGGAAAUUCUGGAAGCAUCUCAAACUGCUCACAAGGUCUGUUAGAACAAAGCGAACCCACUGAUUUCAGACUUGGUAUGUUACAAGAAACAGGUGCUACGUUCUGUUGCAGCAGUGUCUUGUGGUCUAAUCGCAGCCAAGCCCAGAAGACUGAAAAAGCUGACAGUGAUUCACUCACCAGUGUUCACAGAAGGCAUCCUCAUUACAGCAGGGAAGAAUUGAAUGCGAUGACUCCUGGAGAGCUAAAGCAGCUGACUGAAAAACUGCUCAAGCAAAUCCAGGAUGUGUUUGAGGAACUGACGCAGCAAGUCCAAGAAAAGGACUCUCUGGCUUCAGAACUGAAUGUCCGUCAUAUUGCUAUAGAGCAGCUGCUGAAGAACUGCUCCAAAUUGCCAUGUCUACAAAUGGGACGUGCGGGAAUGAAAUCAAAUGUCCCCAUAUGAUGGAGAUACAGCUCAUAUCCCCUAUAGAGCUGACUUUCCCUGGUGGCUUUGAUAACUAUUAAAUACAGCUGCACAGAUAUUUAGAAGCUUUUGAGGAAACUCAAACAGCUUGCUCGUUGCAUUCCUAAUCCAUAUAAAGUCUUGUUCCACUUCGGUUUUAAGAAAACAGGCAAAUAUUGUAGGUAUUUAAACCUUUUGUAAUGGGGUUUAUUCCCAUUCUGGUUUGUUUUUGCCCAUAAUGAUGCAUGAACCUUGAACCAAAUUUUGUGUUCUGUUGAUAAUAAAAUUGUUUCUAACAAAGAACGACCUGAACCUGCCCAUUCCAUACAGAAGUAAAUCUGCCUACUUAUACAGAGGAGGAAUAAAAAACUGAGUUUUGAUCAGAUUUGAUCAUGUUACAUCAAAGAGAGCUUUAACAGGAGAACAGUAUUAAUGAAACUCAUGUCUUAUUUAUUAUGAGCAAUAUUUUAUUAUUGAGAUUUUGUACUAAAUAAUGCUAUUUUAGAUACUUUUCCAAAUCUCUUUAUAAAAUGUCUGAACUACUCUGUGUAAAGUUUAUGCCUUGUGUAUGAUUGUUUAUCCUUUUUCAGGUCUGUAUCUUUCACGAUACAAUGUUUAAGAGAAAAAGCGAACCCAAACCUUAUUUCCCAAAGAGAUGAAUUUCAUUUAUUUAAAAAAAAA